AUGCCCCAUGCCCUAACGGGCGGCGCUGGCUACAAGGCGAAUCAAACUUACGACGAGUUCUUGCGGAAACACAGCGGGUUCUAUCGCCGUCACAGCGCCGCCUCCAGCGCCAUGGAGGGAGAUCGACGAGCGUCGCAAGCGGCACUUGAAGACAAUGCAGCGGCUGCAGCAGAGGCAGUCCAAAACGUGGCGGCCGCCAGCGCAAACCGCCGUGCCAGUGUGACUGUGGCAGAGGGCGGAGCUGCGACUGCGAACGCCAGGAACGGCAGCGUUGCCGUUGCGAGCGAUGCCACUAGGAAGGACAGCAUCUUCGGUCUCGAGGCAACAGGUGGCCGGAGGAUGUCGGAAGAACGCAGGCCAAGCACCUCCCUUGCGAGUGAUCUAUUGCACAAAAUGAAAGGGCACAAGUGA